AAUACAGAAAUGUACUCUCAGUUGCUGAGAAGAAGCUGAGUUGUGCAUUUGAGCAUCAGCCAUCGCCUUUGUCAAAAGCACCGUUGUAGCAAUCAGUUGGAGACGCUAAGGUACAUCAUGGACAUCAUUUGCGCACUGCAGUUUCCUCUAAUCUGAAAAACUCUCGGUCCCAAUUUGGCGACUUUAUUGUAACAAGUAUGAGCGCGGAUUGUUCGGGUUAUUACAACGCGGAAAAGGAGUUUGUGAACGCAUCCACGUGUCCUAAACUGGGCAACGACGCGAGAGCUGUGUUCUGCUGUGGCUUCAGCGACUUCAAGUAUUGCUGUGAUGACCCAAACAGCUUUUUUCCUUACGAGUAUGGGUACAUGUGGUGGUUAAGUGUCGGCGCAUUGGUGGGCUUGUCCAUUGCAGCAGUGGUCCUUCUGGCCUUCGUUAUCACUGUAUGUGUGCUCUGCUACCUUUUCAUCGCCACCAAGCCGCGGGGACUGGACAACGGCCUGCCACUGCACGCACCAGGUCCGCAAGAGGGUCCGAGUCAGGCUGCCGCUCCCACCGGGCCGCAGGGUUUCCGCAAGCAUUUUUUCCGGAGCAAACUGGACUGUGAGAACCAGCCGCCGGACCCCGACCGCCUCUUUCAGCGCUGUUUCAUGGCCACCGUCACCACCAUCAAUGUGGAGGGACCCUCGUAGAGGGAUCCGAGGACAAAGACCCCGCUCGUCUCCCCAGCCUGCUAGAACCAACCACCAGCCACCUCAGCAAGAUGCUUUGGCCACAUCUGUCCAAGAUCAGGUUUCUCUGAGUCAUUCCCUGUCCUUUAUCCUCCGAGUCCCACAGGCAACAGGGACGGCACAGUCUGUCCAUUUAAGCCGCCCCAGAACAGUGCAUGCUCUGUCAAAAACACAUUUUCUUGUCCCACUUCAAUAAAAAUAAAAAAAACUUGGAAACA